AUGGAUGCAGAAUUGAUCAGUGAUUAUGAGUUUCAGAGCAGUAUUGGUGAAGGAGGCUUUUCCAAAGUCUACCAAGCCAUUCAUAAGCCAACUGGUGUUCGCGUUGCUGUAAAAAUUAUUCCAAAAGCGGAACAAGCCAAGGAUAAGAACCGAAUUCCACUAAGAAAUGAAAUUGACGCACUCAAGAAAGUCCAUCAUCCAUUUAUUUGCAGAUUCUUCGAUGUUAUCGAAUCAGAUGAUUAUGUUUAUUUAAUCAUGGAAUGCUUGAAGAACGGAACACUUCUUGAUGAAGUAACCAAGAAGAAACUUGAUGAACGCGAUGCAGCUAUCACAUUCGCUGAAUUCGCUUUAGCACUACAAUAUUUACACAAAGAAGCUCACAUAGCACACAGAGAUAUUAAACUUGAGAAUGUAUUACUUGAUGACAAUCACAACAUUAGGAUUAUUGAUUUCGGAUUCGCUAAAGAGACAGACCACGGAAACUGUUUCAAGACUCAUUGCGGUUCAAUUUUAUACGCAGCCCCUGAGUUACUCUUAGGUGAAGAAUAUACAGAAAAGGUUGAUAUUUGGAGCGCUGGAGUCAUGCUUUUCAUAAUGACAACCGGAUCUUUCCCAUUUUAUCAUGAAAACAUGUCAAUCUGUCUUCAAAAAAUUGUCAUGAGUGAGGUCCAAUUUCCAGGUUCUCUUUCAUUUAGCUUAAAGGACCUCCUUAUGAGAAUGCUUACCAAAGAUCCAAAGGAAAGAAUUUCAAUCGACCAAGUAUUGGAGCAUCCAUGGCUAAGGAGUUACGCUAAGGAAAUAGAUGAGAUGAUCAAAGGAAUAUACAUUGAUGACAAUUUGUUGGAACUUGAGGCUGAAAAAUACAAAACUUCUGAAGAUGUAAGUGAUGAUUUAAUAAAGAACAUCGUUCGCUCAGAUAUCUAUUCCAGUAGAACAAAGUCUAUAUUCUAUAUGUCUCAGACAAAGCCAAUGAACUCUAGAUCUCUUCCAAUGCUCAGACCAAUCUCAAUUGAAAAAGUUCCUCUUUCCAAGAACAUUUCCGGUAAGAUUCAACCAACCAUGUCAAGAAAGAUCCAUAUGUCUUCUCCAGUCAAGCUGAGAACAAAUAAGAAACCAAAUUUCUUGAAUAAUAUGUAUUAA